AUGAAAAAACGGGAUGGAACAUAUCAAGCCGGACUCCAUGUUUGUCAAAGAGAUUACAAACGCAACGGCUCCUUUCAACACAGCCUAGGAAUUCCUGCUAAACAAAGAAAAUACCUCCACUUGAUAUACAUUUGUGUGAGGGAUCAUUCAGGAAGCAGAUUCAUGGUGUCUAUUCGCAAGAAAACCAAGUAUAGAGAAGAGGGUUAUGAUACAGGGAGAAAUCGACACUCUUUGUGUGUGUGCAAACAAGCAGCGCUCCAACCAAAUCGUCACCAUUUGAAACAGACAAAGAAACCCUUUCCUCCUCCUAACGUGGGCAAAAUCGUUUCACAGUCGAAAAGCAUAAGUACCUUUAUUCCUCGCAGCGCAUACAUACAAUCAAACAUAUCUCGCAAAACAUCAUACUUGUUUGUGCAAUCUGUAUCAUGCCGGCCUUCGUUUGCUGUGGAAUCAUCGCACAAGACACCCAGGCAUCAGGCUAAUCUACUGGGCACUAGCCACAACAUGACAUCACCCAGCAGGCGGUCAAUCACUGUCGAGGACGUAGACACUCGCUGGCCGUAUCGUGCGGGUUAUCCACGCCUCUGCCGCCAGUCUGUGGAAUCACACUGUCUUGAUCAUGAGAAGAUGCCAAUCUCUCUCGAGAACCUCGAAAGCCUCACCUUACGAAUUCGGGAAAUCAUUCACAAACAUGGUUUUGAUUAUGAUGACGGUAUCGUUCAAAUAGCCUAUCGAUCAUAUACCCGCGGGAUCUCAGCCGACCCCCCUCGACAUCCUCUACGUGUUGUGGGUAAUAUUAGGUAUGACAAAGAUACAAGCCACAGCGAGCUAUGGGCGAAAGCCGUAACCGAAAUAUAUGACGAAGUUCAAUCGGCAGUAUACCCGGAGACAGAGAUUGGAGUCGAGCUCUACGAUGGCGUGUACAUGAAAACCUGCGAAAUAUGCGAGCCCCCCUCACACAGUAAGGAACUUUUGAAAGAUUGGGAGAAGGGGCAAAACUAUUGUCAACAGAUUCUUCAACUAUUUGACGGAUAUGGCCAUAUGUGGCAGGCUAUGGUACCAACUGGCCUACGUGCAAUAGGGGAAGGGGCAUCCGAUCACUCGACCGUCAUCUUCUUCGAUGCUCUGAAUGCGGAUGACGAUGCAUGGGACGCAAUUGAAGAACGUAUGAAAGCGAUACUGCCGCCGGAAAUCAGUAUUGAGAUCCGCCAAGCGUCAAGUCCAUUGUUCCUCCAAGAUGACCCGACACUGAGCAGUUCUCUUCUGGCACAUUUUACUUCCCUUUUUCAAGAACUAGAACGACCCCCACGACCGGCCUGUGCUAUUAGUGUCAAGAAUAGCCUCGUAUCGGGAACGAUGGGUGGUUAUGUCGUGACGGUAUCAAAGGAUACUGGAAUAAAGACAGCGUUCGGGGUCACAAAUGCCCAUGUGGCACUUAAUUCACAUGAAGAAGUGACUUUGAAAAGAGGUUGCUGUCGAGACGCAAAUCCGAUUAAGAUUCAAUCUCCACCUGAGAAGCAUCGUCGAGAAUCGGAAUCUCAGCUGCGUUAUGGAUUCACCCAGGCUCAAAGCGAUAUAUCCAUGUGGAACGAAGUUAUUGAAGCAGCCAACGAGACCGAUCCGUAUCUGACUGACAAGCUUCAAAAGCUGCUAAGCGUCGCCGAGCGGGAAAAUGCAGCCCGAAACCAUGCCCUACAGCGUUUGCAGAAAGAUGUAUGCGUAGGAGCAACACAGGCUGCAACACUUGGAUGGAGGAACUAUCAAAUUGAUUCGACCGAGCACGAGCUGCUUAUGGACAUCGGUCUGAUUAGCGUUGAUUCGUUAGCUGCCACACAUCCCAAAGAGGUCCAUGUGAAAACAAGUAACUGUAUCCUACUUACAAAAGAAGGUCUUCCUUGUAUAAGCGAGUACGAUUCGUUUGAUACAUGGGAGGUUGAAGGACUCGGGCGUCAUCCCCACACCGAACCGCAUAUAAAGGUCGUGGCGAAAUUAGGUCAAAAGAGUGAUCUUACUAUAGGUAUCAUAAAUGACUUCAGGGCUAUCAUAAAUAUACCUCUGUAUAAUAACGGGGUUAGAUCUCUACGUUCGCUAUCUGCAUGGUCUAUUUCUACGCCCUACAAAUGGACGUUACCCGUCGGAGGUUCUAAAGAUGUCCCGACGUUGGCCAAGCCUGGUGAUUCUGGUUCGUUCGUUAUUGCUGCCGCUGACUGGAAUUUUGAAGGCAAUGAUAAUGAAGUUCCAAUGUUAGCCAAUAGCAUUCUCCAUCAAGACAGGAAGCCAUUCGUUGUUGGCCUACUUUGGGGUACCUCUGAGUCUGGAAAGCUAGCGUACUUCAUUCCGUUUGAUGCUGUGAAGGAGGAAAUUGAAUCGCUGACAGGCGAGGAAAUGGUUUGGCCCAAAAAGCGUUCUGAAGCCAUACCUAUUUGGGAAAAGUGUCAUGAUUUCGACUAG